AUGGGGGGCAGUGUUGAGAUUCCUGUGUCCUCGGGAGACAUUGCACAUGGACAUGAGCAUGGACAUGGACAUGGUCAUGGAAAAAUUGAACUCCUUCAUUACAAACAAUGGAAGAUAGAAGGAGCACCACUACAGCGAAUCCAGGAAAGGUUGGCUAAGCAAGGUCUCAGGGAUCCAUGGGGCUGCAAUGAAGCUUGGCAAUACAUGGGUCGUUAUGGAAAACCUGCUACUUUGUGGGCUGCUUUGUCAAAAGGAUUCAAAUGGGGUUUUGGAGCAUUUUUAUUAGCUGUUGGAGUGGAAUAUUUCCUAACUGCUCUAAAGAAUGAGGAGGAACAUGCUUUUAAACACUGA